UGUGGAAAAAGUUAAAAAUGGAAAGCUUUUUAAACGUCAAAUUGAUAACACAAAAAAUUAUUAUAAUUUUUAAUAUUUUUAUUUUAUUUUAUUCAUCGAAAAAUACGUGAAUUACUGGGUGAAAAGGCAUCGCCCGCUGAGGUGACGGUACCCCUAAAAAACUACUACUAUUACUACUAAUUGUUGAAACUGUGAAAACCAACCGAUGAAAAGUUGAAUGAAUUUACAAUUAUUAUUAUUUUUAUUAUUGUGUUUGUUUGCAUAUAUAAAUAAAAAAUGAUAAUGAAGCCGCCAAACAUACCCGGAGCUGAAAAAUUUAAAUUUUCCGACAAAAAAUAUUUGACAAUUCAUGACAACAACAACAGCAACAGCAAUGACUGCAAUAACGACAGUGCCAUCAAUGUAUCGAACUUUCUGAGAGGUAUACCAUCCCGUAGUACCUGUCCAUUGUCGUCGUCAUCGGCAUCAUCGGCGGCCACGUCGCCAAUGACAGCCAAUGAUGGUCAACCGAUUUCAUUUAGCCGAAGUGAUAACAAACGAAAGCCAAUAUUUCCAAUCAGUAGUCGUAUGACAUCCCGAGUGUUCACAUUAACACAUCUGCCAUUAGAGUCGUUUGACAUCAGAGACUAUACUAAUACGGGAAGUCUACACAAACACUAUUUAAAUGGUGCAAAAUAUUCGUCGGUGUCAUCGGAUCCGCGAUCACUGGACGCCACUAAUUCGUCAUCGGCUAGUCGUGUGUCACUAUUUAGUGACUUAUCGGGAUCUCAGUGUUCGUCACAUCCCAGUCCUCGGUCAUUGUGUUCACCAGUGGAUAGGAGUCUAACUCCGUCCCAAUGGGCCAAAAGUGCUCACCGACUAUCCACGUCAUCCCAGUCCUCAUGGGAAGACGGUCCCGACAAUGCCGAUCAAUUUUGGUCUCCAACCCGUCACCGAAAAUGAUUGUUUAAAUUAUUGCUUUAAUUAUUAUUUAUAAUGUUAUUUGUAUUAAAUAUUUU